AUGAAGUCCACUUCCGCUCUUUUAUCAAUCCUUUGUUCCGCCGUUGCGGUUUAUGCCGCUGAUGCCUCUAGUGCAAAUUCUACGGUCUCCAGCACCUCUGGUUCAUCAUAUUCUGUCCCAGAACUCAUGACCUUCACUGAAACUUCUAACGCCGUCCCAUCAGGUAAUUUCCUUGCGGGCUCGUCAUCCACCAGCUCGAGCUCUUCUAAAGGUGAUGCGCCAAACGCCUUUGCCGACAUGGGAUUUCCGGCCCAAAUGGGUGGGUUGGUUGGAUUAGGGAUGAUUUUUGGUUUCUUAUGA